AUGCAUGCACUUAUCUUCCUCGCCGCCCAGGACAUGGAACCACUCCAAUACAAUCUCUAUGCCCACUUGCAACGGUUUGGAAUCAUUGCCGCGAUACUGAUGCCCAUCGUAGCCAUCACACCUCUCAGCAUCCGACGUCGCAACUACGAAACAUGGUACAUGGUCCGAAUCAUUGCCGCGGUGUCGAUACUCACAAAAGCGUACCGAUACUGGCUGACGUUACAUGCUCACGCGUAA